CACUAUGGAACUGCACCUAAUCAAAACCACAAGUAAAGAUGGCUCAUCGCCUGCUCCUCCUUCUUCUCCUUCUCAUCUCUCUCGCUCUGGUAUCCUCGGAUAUUGAAAGUGGAGAAGAAACCACAGUGGUGGCGAAAGGCAAUAACAGAAGGCUGUUGGACUUUGUUGAUUGUGGGCAGGAGUGCAAGAGGAGGUGCAGCUUGCACUCUCGGCCGAACGUGUGCAAUAGAGCGUGUGGGACGUGCUGCCAAAGGUGCAAGUGUGUGCCACCUGGCACUCAUGGAAACAGGGAGGUUUGUGGAUCUUGCUACACCGAUAUGACCACCCAUCGCAACAGGACUAAGUGUCCUUAAUUUCUCCUCAUUUCCCUCUUUUUUAUGAAUUUCUGUUUUUUUAUGUAUCAUCCUUGUUUUGUUGCUAUAUACUCUCUCUCGAAAUUCGAAAAGCUGAGGCGGCCUUGUUA